UACCGACUUCGUCAAGACUACCAUUGGUUUUUGUUUAGCUGGGGCGUCUCACACAAUUUCUACACAUUCUCUUUCUCUCUUUCCUUUACGAUGCUUCCAAGUGCCAUACUCACGCUGCUGGCAGUUUUUGCUGCCGGGGUUGUGGGUUCCCCAACCGGAAUUCCACAGGACGACGUAGACCGGGAUCGUACUAUUGAAGAACUCUUGGCCAUGGACGCUGACCUCGUUGAGAAUGAUAUCGAGACUUUUUCACCCAAGGCCAGUGCUCGUACUAUCAGCGAGUCAGAACUAGCCACAGUGUACUAUUACGCUGAAUUCGCAGCCGCAGCGUACUGUGAUCCUGACCAUGUUCCCGGAACGGAAGCAAGCUGCAAGAACAACAUCUGCCCCCAGGUUACCGCGAAUAGCGUUACCACCAUCAUUGAAUUCGCAGACACUACUUCCUCCGACACAACCGGCAUAGUGGCCCGCGACGACACCAGACGAACUAUAACCGUUUCCUACCGCGGCACACAGUCCUUAGGGAACUGGUUCGCGAACGUCCAGAUCCGCUGGAGUGAUGCUUCGGUUUACUGCUCAAGCUGCAAGCUCCACACCGGUUUCUACAAUGCAUUCAGAGACGCGUUCCCACCCAUCCUCGCAUCAAUAAACUCGCUGCGCGCCCAGUACCCUUCCUAUAAGCUCGUUGUCACAGGACAUUCUUUCGGCGGCGCGCUGGCUACCAUCACCGCUACGGAGUUCAGGAGAUUGGGGUAUACCACGGAGCUGUACACUUAUGGUGCUCCCAGGGUCGGCAAUGAUAAGUUUUGCUUGUUUGUUAGCCAAAGUUCGGGGAAUUAUAGGGUUACGCAUUUGAAUGAUCCUGUACCGAGAUUGCCGCCUGUGGCUCUGGGAUACUAUCAUAUCUCCACGGAGUACUGGAUUUCCCGCGGGGACACCAACAUCAAGGCCGGCGACGUAGAGAUCUACGAAGGCAUCUUGAACACCGGAGGAAACACGGGGCAAAGCUUUAUUCCCCCCAAUAUCACUGCGCACCCGGGAUACUUCCUCCCCGUCGGGAUUUCUGGCUGUGGGUCUUCGUGGGACUUUGAUUUCUUCUAAGUUAAAAGGGCAAGUUAGCUUGUGAAGCGUGAUCUGGGAUUAUGCCGGGGAUUGGGGGGGCAGGAUAUUUCUCCUUCUUCCUUCCUUCCUUCACAUCAUAAUAAUUAUCGUAAAUUUUCGUUAUUAAACUUUGUAACCUUCAUAGGGCAUUGCCGUAUAGUGUUUCGCGGGAUCGGAUUCAGGUGGAUUGGGGUCUGGUUGUGGGAAAUCAGUUAUACGAUAAUACAUAAUUAUUAUUAUUAUGAUAAUACAUAAUUAUUAUUAUUAUUAUGAUAAUAAUAAUUAUUAUUAUUAUGAUAAUAAUAAUUAUUAUUAUUAUGAUAAUAAUAAUUACAUACGUCGGGGAGAAAAAGAAGGUUGUGUCUACCCUUCACAAA